AUGGACGUUUUCAAAAUCGACCAGUCGCUGAGCGCGGGUCUGGGUAGCGCCCCGGCGCCAGACACCCUUACGCCGGAAGUGUCGUUCGACGCUGGUAGUGAGUUCAAUCUGAGCUUCUUCGACGGCCCGGAGGAGAACAGCACACAGGGUUUCAGCGAUCCCGGUUCCGUGGGUAGCGCCAGCGCAUCGCCUCCGCCUGGAACACCGGCCAGCAUCCCGGUAAACCCUUCGAACGCCGCCCUACCGAUUGUCCAAGUACCCCCUGGCAUCGUCAUUAAGCAAG